AUGGAAAUUCCGCUAUUUUUGUACAUGUUUGGAUCGGAUUUGCAAUAUCCCGUGUUUCAAAAUUUGAUUUAUGAGAAAGAGUGUUUGGAUAAAUUUGAGCAAAAUGUGACUUUUUGUCGGAAUGUUUCGAAUUAUUAUAACGAUAAGGAUAUUCAAACAGCCGCUAAUCAUUUUUAUUUUAUUUCAUCACUUACACUUAUGAUUCCAUCGCUUAUUACCACACUUUUGCUUGGAGCUGGUGAGUUUUUGGCUUACUUUGGGGGAAAAACUAACUUCUUAAAUCGAUUAAUCUAUUCUGAUUCUUCUCUGGAUUUUCAGAUUUUACUACCUAGAUUUAUCUGAAAACUUGAAAAAAAAUUAAAAGUUCUCCAAAAGAACUACAAAAAAGCUUGCUCGCUACGAGACCAGAGCUAAAAAUGCGUGUACCUUUAAUGGAGUUUUCAUUUUUUUUUAAUUUUCAAUUUUUCACUCGUUUCAGAACCAAAAAUCAAGAAUAAUCGUAAUUCUACAAAAAACACAUACUUUCUUGAUUUCUACAAGAAACUGAAACUAUUCCCCGGGUCACCUGAGAAAUAUCAAUUUUUCAGCUUCGGAUUAUUGGAGUGUAAAAAUUCCGCUAAUAAUUCCAUAUGUUGGAUGUAUUUUGGGUUCAAUCAAUUAUAUAGUUCAAUCAUUUUUGAUUCAUUCAAGUGUUUAUUAUUUGCUGAUAAGUGAUGUGUUAUUCGGAAUUUGUGGAGGAUAUAUUGCCAUUAUUUGUAAGUUUUUUUUUAAAAAUGAGUUCAACCUUCACGAGAGCCACGUCAUAACUCACAGAACUGAAAUUAGUCUGCAAUUUUUUUUUGCCUCAAAUUCACAAUUUUUGACCUAAAAUUAACUAACCACAAUACUGUAUUACAUCAAAAAGCUCUAAUGAAACUUCAGUUUCUCAUUUUCAGCCACAACUUUAACAUACGGCGUAAAAACUUGUUUGAUUCGUCAUCGAAGUUAUCGAAUUGCUGGAAUUGAAGGAGCGAUUGGACUCGGUGGAACUAUUGGAUUUGCAUUGUCUGGAACAAUUCGAGAAGCUUGCGGAUAUGUUGCCAUAUUUUUGAUAGUCAUUGGAUUACAGAUUUUGGCACUGAUUUAUUUGUUGUUGGUGGCGAAGGAGACGGAAUUUGAAAGACGACCGCCCAAUGAAAAUACUUGUGAGUUUAUUUGAAAAGUUCCGUAUGAAUUAUUUUUAAUCUCAAUUUUUCAGCACUAAUCAAUGGAGCUGGUAAACAAAUAUUCGAAGUAAUUCGUGAUUUUUAUAAAGUUUUAUCCAAAAAACGAACUUUCCAUAUAAUUCUUCUCCUAAAUUUAUUUGCUUUUGGAAUCGAAUUAUUGAUUUUUUCUGGUCUUGGAGAUAUCCAAUUUUCAUAUCUUCGCUAUAAAUUAGGCUGGGGUGACAAAAAAUAUGGAUGGUUUUCUGGUUUAUCAUACGGAAUCACUACAGCUUCUGUCAUAUUUUUAUACCCAUUAUUCCGAAUGUGGGUGAAAUCUGAUGGAUUAUUGGCUUCACUUGGAUUGAGCUUCAAAUUUGUGUCAUUGCUCAUGUUUGCUUUUAUUCAGAAUGAUAUUAUGGCUUAUGCGAUUUCUGGUGGGUCACAUGGGAUUUUUUGGAAGCUCACGGUUUUUUUUGCCACGUCAUAACUAUUUUCUUUCAGUCGUCGUCAUGUUCAAUCGAUUUGUCUCAACCGGAUUCCGUGCCUUCAUUUCAAGCCUAAUCGAAAUGAAUGAGCAAGGUAAUUUGAUCUAUAUUAAGAAAUCCAGUUUCGAAUGAAACAGUGCACUUAGAUUAGUUAGAGCUCGGAGGGAUUUUUCAUCCAAAUUUUGGAUCACAUAAAAAAUGUUUCCAGGAAAAAUCUUCUCAAUAAUCGCAAUUAUGGAAGGAAUCUCAUCACUUGUCGCAACUUCAAUCUACAAUAAUAUUUAUCCGAAAACAUUGUCGUUUUUCCCCGGUUUAUUAUAUGUUAUAAGUGCGGCGCUUCUAUUAAUACCAUUUUUUAUUGUUGGGUAAGUUUUGACCUUUUCUUUGUUAAACAAAAAAAAGUGCAAAAAAAGAAUCGAUAUAGAUAAAACCUGUUUCAGAUCAUCGGACUUGUAUGUGCGAAGUAUGAAAAACGAGAAUUUGGAGGAUGAUGAUGAUAUUUUGGAUAGUCAUAAUGAUGUUAUGAAUGAGGCGAAUAUUUGAGUUGAAACAGACACAUUUUGUUAUUUUGAAUUCAAUUCGGGUUUGUGUGUUGUGUGUUUAUGUUGUAAAAAAUAAAGUCUUUGAUUUUUUUGUUUUACAAGUCUGACGAAUUCGAAUGAUCCAUUUAAUCUAUGAUUGAUAAAAAGUGUGACCUGUUUGCGUGUUCUUUAAAAAAAGAGAAGAAAAAUAAUAUCUUCAAAUUUGUUUGAAAGAAAACUGAAAAAUUUUUACUAUUGGGAACUUCUCUUCGUCUCUUAUUCUAACAUACUAUGUUUUCACAAAAUUCACACAGUAUUUGUGAACUUCAGAAAAAAUAAUUUCCUUGUGCCUUUCUGUGAGGACUAUUCGCGGAAUAAAAACAUUUAAAGGUGAAACAAACCUGUUUUACUGGAUCGUUGCGAGACUCAGCCAAAAAUUCCAAAUAGAACUUUUUUUUCGUGAUAUUUCUGACCAUAAAACAAUUAAAUUUAAUAAGUGGUCAACCUUUGUUUUUUCAUCUUCAUCAAUUUAUUUUGCAAGACAAAGACAAGAACAAGUCAAAUAUUUAUUUAUUUUUUGAUAUUAAAAGAUGAAAAAUCUUCUCCCAAGGUCUUACGCAUCUUCCAGGCUUCCGUUUUUUUCAAGAUCCAAUUAAUAUUUUUCUCCAUCUUCAUCUUCUUCACAUGUUUUGUUUUAUUGAACCUUUUGAUUUUCGCAUGACACUUUUUUUUAAAACUGUCUAAAAUAACUUGAGAUCAGAAUCAAAAAGUGUGAAGAAUAGAUGAUCUUUCUGGACGGCGAUUAUCAUUCUACAUAAAUAUUAUUGUUUGCCCAACUAUUUUAGUGAGAAUUAGCGAGUUAGGGUAAGAUGAAAACACGUGUUUUUUUUGUUUUUUCUGAAACUUUUUAUUUUCCAACCGAAAAUCAAAUCAAUACAUAUUAUUUCGUGUUUUAAAGAUAACCAUCUUUUUUUUAUUUAUUCCUCAUGAAUAAAAAGUCCAGCUAUUUCUUUUUUCAGAUGCCAAUUUGUGGAAACUACUACCGUAUUCUGGUAGUUCUUGUCAGUUUUCUAUGUCUUGUUUCAAUUUGUUCCAAUUAUAUUAUCAUUAAUUUUACAUUUAUUUGUAUGAAAGAUGAUAUGAGUGAAACUGUGGAAACAUCAAAUGGGGUGAGAAAAUUAAUUCAUAAAAAAUACUUGAAUAUCCCGCAAAAUGCACUAAAUUCGAAGCAAAAUAUAUUUACAGACUUUGAAAAGCGCCUUUGAUUAUACACCAACUGAGAAAAAACAUAUUCUAUGGGCCGUAGCUGCUGGAACAAUCGUUGGAACAUUUCCAGUAAAUGUUUUAUACGUUAAAUUUGGCGCGAAGUACGUUAAGUUUUCAAAAAACCUUUCCCAUUCGCAAUCUUUUCCAGAAUUCCAUUUUUUGUGGCCGGAAUGCUCUCGGCUUUGACAACUGCAAUCACUCCAAUGACAGCUGGAGGAAACACCGUGCUAUUUCUAUUUGUUAGAUUUUUGCAGGGAAUUGCGUAUUCUGCUGAUUUUGCAGCUGUUGGAAUUGUUAUCGCAAAAUGGGCACCUUUGAGGGAAACUGCAAUUUUUAUAUCUGCACUUACAUCCUUCACCUCAAUCGCGUCGAUUGUUACAAAUGGAGCAAGUGGAUUGGUGAGUUGUAACUAGACCGAGUUUGAUAAAAUAUUCAUACACAAGUACAUACUGUACACGUUUUGCAAUACCAACGCAUGAAGUUUUCACCUUGUUGGAUUCUUUCAGAUUUGUGAAUCAUCUCUCGGCUGGAAAUAUAGUUUCUACUUCCACGCUAUUGGUUCAGUUAUUGUUUUCAUUCUCUGGUUAAUUGUUUAUAAUGACAAUCCAGCUGUUCAUAAAAGUGUUUCUCAAAAAGAACUCGGAAAAAUCCAGAAAAAUAAAUCGGAAUCACAUCUCAAGGAUAAUAUCGAAGUUCCAUACUUCAAAAUUUUCACAAGUCCCACAAUUCUUUGUGUUUGGCUCUGUGCUUUCACCGAAUUGACCACUCUUAUUCUGAUUGCUACUUAUGCUCCCAUUUAUUUCAGAAGUGUUUUAGGAUUCACGGUAAGCUCUACCUAGAUUUUAUUGUACCAAUGUUCUUUUGUAGAUCAAAGAAAUCGGUUUCUGGUUGGGUCUCCUUAUAGCUGUUCAUAUUCCAUUCCGAUUUGUCUGCGCAUUUUUGAGUGAUAAAACUAGAUGUCUCUCAGAACUCGGAAAAAUUCUACUCUUCAAUACCUUUGCAGUCGGAUGUGUUGGAAUAUGUUUCGUUAUAUUUGGGUAAAAAAUAGUUCAGAAAGUUGAGUUGCAACGAAAUAAAACGUUUCCAGAUAUGUCCCGGCUGAAAAUAAAUAUACCGCUGUAUUUGUUCUCGCAGUCUUGGAAUGCUUCAUCAGUUUUAAUUGUGGAGGAUUUUAUAAAUGUGGAACUCUUCAUGCAAGGUUUUGAUAACUUUUUUGAAGAAAAACAAAAAUCGGGUUUUCAGACAAUUCUCAACGAUUGUUAUUUCAACAAUUCAAUUUACAAAAUGUCUUGCAUUAUUUGCCGGACCGGCUGUCGUUGCUUAUUUUGUCACAGAUGAAACCAAUCAAACUCAAUGGAGCCAUGUUUUUAUUUCGGUAGCAGUUUUGAAUGUGAUUGUAAGUGAUUUUUGGCUGAUAAACGAGUGCCUCAUUUUCAAAAAUUCUCACAAACAAUGCGAAAUGCCUUUCUGAUCAAACUUAUUUACUUGUUUCAACGCAUUUAGCCAUAUAAAUUUCAAAAUUGAAAAUUAGGCUACUGGAUCUCAAACGAUUCAUCAUAUCAUCGAAAGAAAUUGUUAG